CAUAGGUUACUUCGUAAUCGGAUUACUGUCGAGAGACGGCGGAAUUUGUCAGCUAAUUUUUCAAACGAUGGAUGCGUAGAAUCUCUUCUUCUUCUUCAAAGACCGAAGCUUCCAAUUCUAAUUUCAAUUUCCUCUUUUCCGGUCUUUUCAAUGGCGUCCACUUUUUCGGGUUGACCCGCUUCUUCUCAUCUUCCCCAUAUCAUCCCUCUCGCCCGUUUCUUCCGCUUCCCAAAUUCUCCACUUUCGUCUGUUGCAUCGUCGUGGUUGAAUUUCAGAAAGAUUUUCGUUUUGCAAGUAUGAGCGGUGUUUCCAAGAUAGUGUCUUCAAAUGAAAUUGAGAAAUCUUCGACUCAGGAGGAGCAUUUGGAUAAGAUUAAUGAAGUCAGGAGAUCACUUGGUACGCUGCCUGAGAAGUUAUCCAUCUACUCAUCGGAUUCGGCCAUUUCUCGAUAUUUAC